GCUCUAUCUCUCUCCCCCUCUCCCUCUAUCUCUCUCUAAAAAAACCAUAGUUGAAUCAAAUUAAUCAAAACACAGACCAACAAACUAACAACAUAGUAACAGUUCUCAUUCUGUCACUAUGGGUUUCCCCGUCGGUUACACCGAACUCCUCUUCCCAAAACUCGUCCUCCACCUCCUCUCCAUCUUCACCUUCAUCCGAAAACUCAUCUCCCUCAUCUUCUCCCAUCUGGGUCUCCCCGAUUUCAUCGAACCCGACAUUCCAUGGCCCGAGAACUCAACCCGACCACCCGAAUUCGAAUCCGUCUCCGCUCUCCUCAUCCGCGAAAUCCUCCCCGUUGUCAAGUUCAACGAGCUCGUCGACCUGGACCCACCCGAAAGCUGCGCCGUCUGUCUCACGGAGUUCGAGGAAAACGAUGAGAUCAGACGGUUGGCGAACUGCAGACACAUUUUCCACCGAGGUUGUUUGGACCGUUGGAUGGGGUAUGAUCAGAGGACGUGUCCGUUGUGUAGGACUUCGUUUAUACCUGAUGAUAUGCAGAGUGCUUUCAAUGAGAGACUUUGGGCGGCUUCUGGGAUUCCUGAAUUUCACUCUGAUGUUUCUGUUUUGUAGAUUCUUUGAAAACCUAAGAUGAACAAACAUGUUUGGAUUUUAUUGUUUAAGGUUUUUUUAAGGUUUUUUUUUUUUUUGUUUUUUUGUACAUAGACAGAACUCAUGAAACUCAUGAAAAGAAUGAGAUUUUAUAUAGAUGAAUUUUGUAGAUUUUGGAUCUGGGUGUUGUUUUUUGUUGAGAAGUUCAAAGGACAGAAGUCAUGAAUAACGUAAUUUGUUACUAAA